GCUGUAACUUCCAUCGGACUGUCAUCGGUUCAUCAGCGCUCAGCUGUCACAUCACUAGGUCGGCAUAAGCAUUGAAUAUUGAAUAUUGAAUAUUGACCGCCCGCCGCGUAGUACAAGAUGAGGGCUUUAUCACAGCUAGUAUACCUAACCUGCAUCGCAGUUGACGGAAAAGUUAUUUCGAGCAUAUCCCGAGGACUGAUGGUCCUAGUCGGAAUCGGUACUGAUGACACGCUUGCGGAUAUCGAAACCUUGACGAACAAAAUGCAAGGACGAACGGAUCUUCGGCCCUUACUUAACAUCCGUGUCUUCGAUGCGAAUGGUACGAUGUGGAAAUCGAGCGUUAAGGACAUUGCUGGCGAGGUUCUAUGCGUCUCCCAGUUCACGUUAAUGGCGAACACUACCAAGGGCAACAAACCUGAUUUUCAUCGUGCGAUGUCCUCGAAUGCCUCCAGAGAACUGUAUACGACGUUUCUCGAGAACAUGCGGCGUAUGUACGUGCCAGACCGAAUACAAGGCUAGUUUCGUUCUAGUUGAGUGCAUGAUGACGUGGUUAAUGUAUUUUUCCAGACGGGCAGUUUGGUGCGAUGAUGGAUGUCUCGUUGACAAACGAGGGACCUGUUACUCUGACAUUGGAUACUCGGAAGUUUGAGUAUCUUUCGGUUUCAGGAGGUACAGACAAGAAAACGAGUCAGAACGGCAAUAAAGAGGCCAAGAACCAAACGGCUGACGCAGCUGGCUCGAGAUCUGCUGCCAGUGUGAAUCCAGGCCCAACUGACUCGGAGGUAGACGUUUCGUAGUGUUCGUGUUGGUGAACGAUUGAAAUUUCUCAUCAAGUUCUGUCUC